AUGGCCGCCGCGCAGCUAAGCCUCGACGACAUCAUCAAGCAGAGAAACAUCCGCCCAGGGAACAAACCAGGCCAUAGUACUCCUACGGUGGCUUUUUGUAUGUUUUCUGAUAUUUAUACUGCCCCGUGGGGACAUCAGAUUAAGCCCUCAGACAUCGCUAUAUCGGGGCUAGACCAUCAGGUACUAAGGUUCUUAUCUUUAGAAGCAUCCACAAAUGGCAGUGAAAUGAAACUUUGUAUUGAGGGUGGACAAGAGUUAACUCCAACAGAGUCGCAGUCAAAGAGGAGUAGUCUACCGUUCCAGAACAGUUACUCUGACUGGGCUUCAGGCAUCCCCCUGAGAGGAGGGAACCUGUGUUUAAUAGGAGCACAAGCCAGUUGUAUUGUAGAGUCCCUGAAUGAUUUAUAUAGUUAUCCAUCUCUCCAAUGGGCUGUUAUAGGUGAUGCUAGAAACAAAAUCAUACAGAAAAAACGUCUUCGACUCAGAGAUGCACGGGAUCGCCUCGCUGAAAUUGCAAAGCAGGGUGAUGCUCGAGACAAGAUCAACAAGAACAGGAAGUUCUCCAAUGCAACACAGAAGAAUCCUGUCAUACGGAAGACCCCCAGACUAAUGGAUGAGAACAUGAGGAAUGAGAAUUUUCCUUCUUACCUUGGUGGACAGACCCGCAUGCAAGGAACAUCACUGAUCCGCACAGUGGCUGGGAGUGAUGGGCUCGGCAAAGGGGAUGUCAUAGUCAAAGGAAAGCCAACUGCUACCAACUUCUCAAAAGGACUGCAGAGGCAAAUUCCAUCAAACAGUCGACCGCAGUCUAUCACAAGAACCCGUGAUGGUGAACGUUAUCAUCCAUUGCCGAAUAACCCCCAUGUUGUGACAAUCAAGAAUGACAAAGCAGACUUUUAUAAUCCAUCCUAUCAGCAAGUUGCAAGGAGCCAUGGGCACAUUAUUCCCUAUGUGAAAUGCCUAGCCUUUACCCCUUAUGGGGAUGCUGAAGGACAGCAAGAGUUGAGGGAACCCCCAGUUAAGCUGACAGCCAGGAAUCCUCCAGUCCGAUCCAUGGGGCUGUCUUCAGCAGGAUCGCAGACUUACAGCGCAGACAGCGGGGCCGACCUGGACCUGUGGACCGAGGAGGAGCCCGAGCACGACCUGCACAACAUCACCCCCGAGGACGAUGACGACGUGUUCGAACUGUCUUCGCCCCGGAACGACCACGACGACGACCUCGACGACGACGACGACCGCCAGCAGCCGCGACGACCCCGCGUGGACCCCCUGCCGAAGCCCUUCAGGAAGAAGAGUCUGUACGAGAUGGAGGCUGCGGCGGAGGCCAGGAGCAGUAGCAACAGCAGCAGCAGUAGCAGCAUGAGCAACAAAAGCAGCAGCAGCACGCCCCUCGCCGCCAUCAACGCCAGCGGCCUGUGGAGCAUGAGCGGGCGGCGGUUCUCCGGGCCGGGCACGUCCCCCAGCAUCCUGCACCGGCUGAAUCCCGGCUUCACCUUCCCCAGCAUCGUCUCGCCCAUCCAGCUCUCGCAGCCGACGGCUUCCGAAGCCUCACCGACGCCCGCGUCCGCCCAACCCUCCCCCUCCCCCUCAACUCCCUCCUCCCCCUCCCCUUCCCCCUCCCCCAGUCCCGCGACGGGCAAGGAGCCUCGGGAGACGCCCGUCGGCCGAGCGGGGGCGCCGUGCCUCCGCCUCGCGCAGUUCCCCAGCUCGCCGCCCUCGCCCGCGGAGGACACGGGCGGCCUGGUGACGCUGCACUCGCUGGGCUCGUGGCGCGACUCGGGCUACGUGCCCUCGCCCUCGUCCGCCCACUCGUUCACCUUCUCCAGCGACGAGGACGAGCCCAAGUGGAGCCAGCAGGCGGGGCAGGCCGGCGUGGGCGUGACGCCGCCCAUCGCCAUCCCGCACUCCCGCCGCCGCCCCGCCCACCACCAGGCCAUCCGGGAGGAGGUCGCGGAGGGCGCGGAAGAGAAGCAGGAAGCGCCCGAGGACUGGACGCCGGUGCUGCGGGGAAGGACGCGCUCCUGCCCGGACACCAUGCGCCCUCCCGGCCCUCUGCGCGCGCCCGUGCCCCGCUUCCCGCCCACGCUCACGCCCAAGCCCUCCCACGGGCGGAACUGGUCCACGCCCGCCACCACGCCCGACGGCCAGCCCAUUCUCAUGCCCACGCCCGCCUUCACGCCCACGCCCCUGGAGGCGCGAGCGGCAUCCUCGAGAUCCUCACGGGACGCGCUCAUCGAUCUGACGGAGGAAGACGGAGGUGAGUACCCGCCUCGUGCGUUCUCUUCGGGCACGCCGGAGCCAGGCUUUUAG